GAUAUUUUUGAGUGUUUUUUUAAAUUUAUAAAAAAGUGAAAUAUGAUAACUAUUUUAAAAAGAAAUAAUAAAUAUAUAUUAUACGAAAAACAAUAUAUUUAUAAAAAAUUAGUAGUAUUAUAGAUUUGAAGAACUGUUACGCUUGAAAAAUCUGUAGACUAAAAAUAAUUCCCCAAUAUAAAACUAUAAGUGAAAUUGGAAAUGAGAAAUUAAUAUUAAGGAGAUAAAUGGCAAAUUCAAGCAGAGAUCGGGAACUUCUAAUUCCGGUAGCUAACACCGGUGACGGCGACGAUGUCUCCGGCGACAAGCCUUCUUCUUCUUCUUCAUCAUCAUCUUCCUCUUCUCAUCAUCAUCAUCACUCCGGCCGCGAGACUUUCUCUAAAGUUGUUAGGAGCUGGGCUUCUAAGAAAUUCAUGACUGGAUGUGUCAUCCUAUUUCCUAUAGCUGUCACCUUCUACAUAACAUGGUGGUUUAUUCAUUUUGUGGAUGGCUUUUUCUCUCCAAUCUAUGCUCAACUUGGAAUUGAUGUUUUUGGUCUAGGAUUUAUGACUUCAAUCACUUUCAUUUUUCUGGUUGGGGUGUUCAUGUCAUCAUGGUUGGGAACUUCGGUUUUGGGUCUUGGAGAGUGGUUCAUCAAAAGAAUGCCAUUUGUUCGGCAUAUCUAUAAUGCUUCAAAGCAAAUUAGUUCUGCUAUAUCUCCAGAUCAGAACACACAAGCUUUCAAGGAGGUCGCCAUAAUAAGGCAUCCACGCAUUGGUGAAUAUGCUUUUGGGUUCAUUACCUCGUCUGUCGUCCUGCAGAACUAUGCAGGAGACGAAGAGCUUUGCUGUGUGUAUGUUCCUACAAAUCAUCUUUACAUUGGUGAUAUAUUCCUCGUUAAUGCAAAAGAUGUUAUUAGACCAAACUUGUCUGUCCGUGAAGGAAUAGAGAUUGUUGUAUCUGGUGGCAUGUCAAUGCCUCAAACAUUAUCGACGCUGGAUCCAGGAAGUAUAAGAGUCGAUAGAAGUUGACCUUAUAGAAACAGCAUCUGAUAAAAUGCUUCAUCAGUCUAUCAAUUUUUUCCUCUUUUUGUUCACGAAAGCUUCUCUCCUUUUUUUUUUCUUUUUCAUUUCUUGAUAUUUGAGGUGUUAGAUUCAGGUCACUUAUGUGACAACUGUGCUGCAGUGUACAAUGUAGGGAAGUAACAUUGGUUUGAAUAUAUAGUUGGCUGAUAAUUUUAAGUUAAUAGCUUUUAAUCC